GGUAGUUCGAUGUAAAUUGGACUGUCAUCUUUGUUGGUGAUUGUUUUGACGAAAUCUUCUAAUUGUUUUGAUACCUUCUUUCUAUUUUUGAAUACAAUCAUAAAAAAUUUAUUAGAUCCGGAAUAUUCACGAACCUCUCAUAAAUAUAAAAUAAUAAACCACUAAUGCGCAAAAACAAAAUAAACCAAACCUUGUACGGAAAGAAGUUUCCACAACACAGGUAGUUUCUUAAAGAUCGAAUUGCUUUAGGGUAAUUUUCCCAAAAUUUAAGAUCCCUUAAUUCCCUUGACUAUAAAGACGACGCUUGCUCACAAGCAAGUUCAUUUCUAUAAACACUGUCUCAGUGGUAAGAUCAUCACUCAAACAAAAAUGAGUAUUUUUGUUUAUAUUUGUGGACUGGUUCUACUUUGCGUCACUCAUUGUGAUGUCCGAAAUAUCAAUUGUCCCGAUUUACCAGAAAAAGCAUUAAGAGCUAUCCUUGGAACAACAUAUAACUCUCGCUAUAUGCGAAUAGAAUUGCCUGCCGAGGAUAAUACUGAAUCUGGAGGAUCAAAACGUGCAUCUGGGCACGAUGACCAGGAUUUCUUUCAAGAUGGAGAUGAGGAGAACCUUUACGCAGGAAUACCAGCCUGGGAAGUUGAUCAUAUUGAGAUUGGAAAAAGUAGACCAAAGCGACAUCAUCAAGAAGCUCCGAAAAACAACCGAAACGCUCGUCAAGCGUUCAUUGAUAAAAUGACAAAAUCCUCAAAACAAGAUGUCUUUCAAUCGAGACCUUGGGAUUGUAAAGCAGAAGUUCAUUGGAAAGAUUUGGGAUCAGAGUACUUUCCUCGAUACAUUCGAACCGUACAAUGCAAAAAGAAAAAUUGUUGGUACGGUCAUUAUACUUGUAAACCACGAUGGUUUAGUAUAAAAGUAUUGCGACGCAGCACUGGACAAUGUGCUAAAGUAAAUGAUCGAUUUCGAGUGGUCACAAUGAAUGUAGUGACUGGUGACUAUGCUCAACAAUGGGAGUUUGAAGAAAAAGCGGUGACAUUUUGUUGUGAUUGUGUAAUGGAAUAUUAAUUUGCAUUUUUUUUAUUUUGUUAAAUUAAAUUUAAGUUGUUGUUUUUUAAAUUAUUAUCAUUCAAAUUGUAUAUAAGAGAAAUUCAAAAGAUUGUACAUAAUAAAAAUAUUUAUUUGUAAGUUUAAAUUCAAUAAAAUGCACUACUAUUUAUUUA